CUUAGAAGUCCAAAAGGCGGUGUGUUCAUUCUCCUCAGGAGCCCAAAUCGCCCUCUGCGCAUGCGCACCGCGGGAGUUGCCAGUGUGAGGGAACCUCAGCAGGGUGGUAGUAGGCGCGGCCUAGUUCCUCACGAUGCCCCGGUAGCGGAAGCUGUGGGCCGGCCUCUCGCGGAGGAGGAGGAGGAGCCGGCAGAGGCCUCUCUGCCCGGUCAGGCGGGGCGGGAAGGAAGCGGAAGGCGAGGAGCCAGGAAGGAAGGAAAAAGCGCCGAGCCAGGCCUCCAAAAAAAAAAUGUCCGAAGGAGACAGUACUGGUGAUUCUAUCCAUGGCAAACCUUCAGUGGUCUAUAGGUUUUUCACAAGACUCGGACAGAUUUACCAGUCCUGGUUAGACAAGUCUACCCCUUAUACUGCGGUACGAUGGGUUGUGACAUUGGGCCUAAGUUUUAUCUACAUGAUCAGAGUUUAUUUGCUACAGGGUUGGUACAUUGUGACAUAUGCCUUGGGCAUCUACCACCUAAACCUUUUCAUAGCUUUCUUGUCGCCAAAGGUAGAUCCCUCUUUAAUGGAAGAUUCAGACGAAGGCCCUUCAUUACCCACAAAACAAAACGAGGAAUUCCGGCCCUUCAUUCGAAGGCUGCCAGAGUUCAAGUUCUGGCACUCGGCUACGAAAGGCAUCCUUGUCGCAAUGACGUGUACAUUCUUUGAGGCUUUCAACGUUCCAGUGUUUUGGCCAAUUCUCGUGAUGUAUUUCAUUAUGCUUUUCUGCAUCACCAUGAAGAGGCAAAUCAAGCAUAUGAUAAAAUACCGAUAUAUACCCUUCACGCAUGGCAAGAGGAAAUAUAAAGGGAAGGAAGAGGUGGGGAAGGCCUUUGCGAGCUAGAAUAUCCCACUUGAGCCUGCUGACCAACUCCUUACAUUGUUUGUGUCAUGUGACGUCCUUUCCAAGAGGCUUUGCCAUGGCCGAUGAGACUUUGUGGGUUUUAACGCAGCUUUUAAUCUUCUAUGGAGAGAAAUACGACCUGCAUGUACCAAUUUUUUUUUGAUGUUAUAGAGCUAUAAACAAUUUUACUGAUUGACUUUUUAAAAAUUCCAACUUUAUUAAAAAGACUGUGUCCCUUU